CCAGCUGAGCAGCGAUAGACAGGGCUGUGUUCGGCCAGAGUCACUCUGUGUUUGCACAGUUCAACAGAGUUUAGUGCGGGUUCCGUUUUUAAUAAAAUAAACGUGUAUCGAAGCUGCUUCUGCAGACGAGAUGUUGGAGGCAAUCGCUUCGCCAAAAUGAACGCUGACUGCACCAAGCCUUCUGUUGCUCCAAAGCCAAGAUUUGUUUGUCACACCAGCCUGAGCCCGCCAUCCCCUCUCAUGCCUACAGGCAGGGGUUCCAAACCAUCUAUUGCCCCGAAACCUAAAGUCACACCAGAGAUUAAUGACAACCAAGGAAGAUGCAGUAAUGGCAGCUUACUGACCUUGGAUGGUGAGGCUGAUGAAGAGCACGAGGCGGAGAAUGGUCUAAACAAAGUGAUUACAGCAGAGGACCAGUUCAACACCUACAUCUUCAAAUCACCACAAAAAUAUUUACACAAUGUGUCACAAAGGCCAGAAGACAUAAAGGUGACAGAAGAGGAAAAGGAAGAGGAAGAAGGCAUGAUUCUGAAGAUGGAUGAGGACUGGAGAUUAACUGACAGUGCCCUGACAGAAGAGGACUCCCUGGAAACACUGUGGGUCAGUGAUGCUGGACUCAUGGCUGACUCCGAGGAGGUGGUGAAAAUGAUUGACACAGACCUGAUGGAGGACAUGGACACUGACGGUUGUGAUGCAGGCGAGGCACUGGCUGACACAGAUGGCCUCUCAGUGGGCAAUAUUUCUGUUAACAACAUUGAUGAGGAGGCCGGUUGCAAUUCAGCUGAAAAGCGAGAUGUGAAGGAGAGGCAGAAAAAGUUCCCAAUCAAGGAGCAUGAAGCAGGUGACUGCACAGCAGAUGAUUUAUCUGAGUCUCUCACAGAGGAACCUGCUGUCCCCAUUAGUGAAAACAUGAAGCACACUAAUACACAGGUUUUUCCAACAGAUGGAGAGGACAAAGACGAGGAAUCUGCUCCUGAUUGUGGCAUCACUUGUAACAUCCUGAAGUUGGGGUGUGGCCAUAAAAUUAAGGAAAAGGGCGGAAACAGAAUACAGAAUAUUAGUUUCUAUGACUUUAUCCCUGAAGACCAGAAACUGAUCAGUGAUACAACCAAGGGACAUGUUGCCUUAGAGGACAAUCCAACUCAUGAGCCUUAUUAUGUUUCCUCAGAGGACAUUAUUAACAGAGAUAUGAUGUCAAGGACUGAAAAAGCUCAUGGACUAGCAGAGAGCCCACAAACACCACACAUGGUUUCAUCUGUAAACAGCAGUGAAAUGUCAGAUCAGAAUUAUGACAAAACGGCAGAAAAUGGACAAAUAAAAUGUGUUUCUUCUGAGGAUUAUGUGAAAAUUGGUAACAGUGAUGAGUACGGCAGCAACAGUGGUGAUGAGAACAAGGUGAGAACAUGCCAAAAAAGGAUGUCCUUCAAAAAGGACGAUCACAAAGCUCAUGGAGCAGAGGCCUUGUUGAAUCAUUUUGACUACCAGCCAAGGUUCAGGCUGGUGUCCAUCUCUGUGCCAACAGACACUGACACCUCGCUGACCUCUUCUCUCUCAGAAAGCCACCUGCUUUUCCCAAAUAACUCGAAUGUCUUCAGAGAUGACCUAGAGGGUCACAUCAUGCCUAUUCUGGAUGACACCACUGAUACAGAGCAUGACAGUAGUGAUGAGCAUGUUUAUGAGGAGCCAAGGCCCAGUUUAGAGGGUGACAAUAUUUUUCCUUCUGACAGGAAGUUCAUGGGGAUGCAGUCACGCUCAUUGUCACACCGCAUUAAUAACCUUGAGACGGGAGUUCAGUUUGUCCAGAAGCCGUACAUGAGUGGAUUCGGACAACCUGCACUAAGCAGCAGCCCCAUGUUAAGCUCAGUGCAACAUAAGAGCUACUUCAAACCCCACUAUUUGUCUUUGUAUCCCCGCUCCCUCUCCAUGGAAGGACAGGACACGCCUCUGUGCAUCUACAGAGACAGGGAAGGAUCUCCAAGACACAGAGGUGCCAUUUGUUCAUCUGGAAGCUUCUCCAGGUGCUCACCUCUCUCUUCCAGUGGCCUGUCCACUCCAACAUCUGUGGUGGAUAUCCCUCCUCCGUUUGAGCUGGCCUGCAUCACCAAGAGGCCCAUCACAAAGAGUUCCCCCUCACUUCUAAUUGAGGAAGAUUCAUCAGAAAAAAACAGGACAAAGAAAUCCUCUAUUAAGCGCUUCCUGAUGUUGAAAUUUAGGAGGAAAACAGAAAACAAGCCUGCGGAUGUUAACCCAUCCUCUUCUAAGGCCACAGCAGCGUCCAGCCACCACAUGACUAGCAGACAGUUGGAUUUAGAUAGACACAGCAUGAGUAGCUCUCCACAUCUCAACUCACGCUUUGCUCGAAAACCUCAAGUUUCAUCAGAGCAGGCCUCCACCUUCUUGUUCUACAAAGAAAGCAAAAGAAAGGGGAACUCUGUGGCCUUCCUCAAUCGCAGUGUCAUCCGAGUGGAGUCCUUUGAGGACCGCUCCCGUGUACCUUUCACACCUCUUCCCCUGACCAAGCCUCGCUCCAUUUCCUUCCCCAACACCGAUACCUCUGAUUAUGAGAAUGUCCCCGCCAUCAGCUCAGACUAUGAGAACCUCCGGGUCCCACAGCAAAGGCCUGUUUGUCAGGGACCUUUCACAGACUUCUUUGACCGUCCCAAUCGAGUGCUGUCUUCUGCCAAUGAGACCGAUGGUUAUGUGGACAUGAGCAGCCUCCCUGGUUUUGAAAGUAAAACUCAGUUGUCUGAACAGGAAACAGAAAGUGCCUAUACAGAAGCCUACAAUGUGUGCUCGGUGGCUAUUGGUCCACAGACUGGUUCAGUGGGUGAUGUUGUUGGAGAAACGGUGAGUGAAGAAGACCAAGGAUGCACCUCGGAUGAAGAAGACAAGGGUGCAGACAGCAGUUAUGACAGACAGCCUGAUGGUCGAUCCAGAGCCUUUUACAUCGCAAAAGAACUGGUUGAUACAGAGAGACUGCAUGUGAAAGCCCUCAAGCUUCUUCAGGAUGACUUUCGGGAGGCAGUGGGGGCAGCCGUUGGGGAUGAGGGGGAACCUGUAUUGGAAGAAGAACGGCUUCGAGAGAUUCUCAGUGAGCUGCCCGAUGUUUACACCCUGCACCGCCGAAUACUCACCGAGCUGGAGAAUCGAAUCCGACACUGGGAAGAGAGCCAGAGGAUCGCAGACAUCUUCCUGUCUAGAAAAGCAGAGUUCUUGGUUUUUACCACUUAUAUUGGCCACUAUGACCGAAGUAUGAGCCUGCUGGAGGACAGCUGCCAAACUUCACCUGCCUUUGCAGCCAUCGUUCACCAGUUUGAGCAGCAGAGUCCAGCUAGGGAAAAAGUGUCUCUCAGACAUCAGCUCCUGCAGGUCAUUGUACGUGUGGCUCAGUAUCGCAUGCUCCUCACCGAUUACCUGAACAACCUGUCCCCAGAUUCCAAGGAAUAUGAAGACACCCAAGCUGCUGUGGUGAUAGUGUCUGACAUUGCUGAUCAAGUAAAUGACAGCGUAAAACAUGGGGAGAACUUACUGCGCCUGGUCAACAUAGAGUACAGUGUUCAUGGCCAGCAGGACCUGCUGCAGCCUGGCAGGGUGUUUGUGAAGGAGGUCACACUGAUGAAGGGCAGCAGGAAGAGCCGACAGCCCCGCCAUCUGUUUUUGAUGAAUGAUGUGUUGCUCUACACCUACCCUCAGCAGGAUGGAAAAUACAGGCUGAAGAACACUCUGUCACUCACUGGGUUGAAGGUCAGUAAACCCAUCAUUGAAGAUGUUCAAAAUGUUCUGAAGAUCGAAGGAAAUUACAUUUCCAUCAGUUUGUCUGCAAGUUCUUUCAUUGAAAGAGAGGACUGGUUUUACACUCUAAACCGCACAGUGACUGAACACACAAGAGGAAUGACAGCAGGAUUCAACAGCUGCUCAGGAGAGGCCAGAGAUCAUCCAUCUUUGUCUCUGGGGGAGAAGGCUCCCACACUUGUUCCAGUCUCACAAGUGAUGAUGUGUAUGAACUGCACAUCAGAUUUCAGCCUCACUCUUCGCAGACACCACUGCCAUGGCUGCGGGAGAAUUGUCUGUCGGAGCUGCUCCAGGAACAGAUACCCACUAAAAUAUAUGAAAGACCGCAUGGCUAAAGUGUGUGAUCACUGUUACAACGAACUAAAGAAGAGAGCGCUGGAUGUGUCUGCAGUGACAGGUAAAAAUAGCCCUCGUCUAAACCGCUCCAGUCGCCCUCUUUCUGCUGUGUUCCAAAACAUUCAUCCACCCAACAUUUGGAGACAUCGGAAAGGCACUGCCUCCUUCAGCCAGGUGACAGUCUCAGAGGAAGGCUCCAUUAGUGGCAGCCUGCAGCGCAGCAAGAAGAGCAAGAGGAACUGGAAGAGAAUGUGGUUCCUCCUAAAAGACAAGGUGCUUUACACCUACCGGGCCCAAGAGGAGACAGUAGCAUCAGAGAGUUUGCCUCUCUUGGGUUUCACAGUGAAGCUGCCUGACAAGCAAGAGGAAGAGGAAGGCAGCAUCUUCCAGCUUUACCACAAAAGCACUUUGUAUUACACGUUUAAAGCUGAGGACAAUUACACAGCCCAGAGGUGGGAAGCAUGCCGCUUAUUGUACCUGAUAGCUACUUUAAAAAUUCAAAUUUAAAAUAGUCUGCCAGCUCAAGGACUAUUACUGUAGUGUGGUUAUUGGAGGCUAAAAGAGACUCACCAUAACCUGGUGCCACAAUCUUUGCCAGUGUGAAUGACUCACAUAGCUACUAUUGACAAGUUGUUCCUAGCUGGAAACAACAGAGAAAAGAAAAACAAAAAUGUUUUAUAACUUUCACAUUACUCAGUGAGUUCCAAAGGGUUUAUUGGGCCCAUGAUCGGAAGGUUUUCUUUGACCCACAGACGUGGAUGUAAUGCUUCAUCUGAAGAGGAAUCCUGAGCAAAUCUGGAGUUUGAGCAUUUUUUUCUGAACAACAUAAAGGUGUAGACAGAGAGGUUUGUUAAAACUUACUCUUCUAUGACAAAUCGUCAUUAUUAAAAUUUAAGAGGACACUAUAAAAUUAGACAGCAUUCAGAGACCGCAAACCUCCUGCAAAGCAAAUAAUUGUCCCCACAGUGCUAGUCCACAAAGAAGCAAUAUUUCCAUGGUAGUUUGAGGCUCAUAAUAUGAUUUCCUCACCAUGAAAACCCAGUCAUAGCAUAUGGAAUCACACUGAUAUCAUUAUUAGUUUGAAAGUUAUUCAAGAAUAAUGAUAUUUCAGUAAUGGUGGUUUUCUUCAGGAUGUAGCUCAGACACCUACUGAAUCAACAGAGUUUCAGCUAGAAAUCAAUAUUAGUUUUUCAAGUCUAUAGCUUUAUUUGUCUUAGUCGAGUUAUAUGGGGAACAAACGAACCAACAAAUGCUGGUAGUUUUUAGGCAACACAGACAAAAAGGACUCUUUUAGCACAACUGCAGUUUAUGCUGUUUUUCCUAAUCUAAUAUCUCCUUACACAGGUGGGUAAAUGCCAUGGAGGAAGCCACAGUUUUAUAGGAUCAGCUACUCUGGUGGGUUUCUGAAAAUAAGCCUGCUGCUUUUCCUUAGCUACAAAGAGACAGUGAAACCAAAAAAGGAAAUAUUUGAUUAUGUCUGCAAGUUGUAACUUUCUUGGCUGGACUGAAGAAAAGAAGACACCAUGUUCUUUGAGCAGGGGACAUGAUCACCUACUUUGUCAACCUCCAGUGUCCCCUGCCUGCUGUUGCAGCUGGUGUGAUCCUAAGAGCCACGAGAGGCAUUGGCCCAGAUACCUGCCAACGCGGAACUGGCGUGGCCUGUAUUUUCCCAAGCAGCUGAUCAGCGACAUUCUUCCAAAUCAUGUGGAAGUUUUCAAGACGGCAUGAAGAAACUGUGUCAAUGACAGAACAAAAACAUAUGUAGUUUUACUUUUGUUUCCAGCUGAUAAAAUAGUAACAGAUUUAACCUUGUCCAAAUCUGGAAUGGCCUCAGUUAAAAAUUAUACCUUCAUUUCAACAUGUUACUGGAUUGAAUACAUCUCUAUGACUAAUACUUUGAAGCACAGUCUGAAUAUAAUGAAUGAGUAAUUUUAUACAUAUAGACAUGUCUGUAGCUUUGCCAUGUACUGUAUUGUUGGAGACAAUACUGCCAGUGAAUAAAUAGUUCUUAUGCUUUUUUGCACUGAUAUAGAGGAAUGAACCUGAAAAAGAGAUAUGACUGUACUUUUAUCUUAAAGACCAAAAGCUUCAUCUACUGUACAUUACUUACUUGAUUUACUUAACAUAAUUUUUUACUGGGAAAAUGUGGACAAGUAUGCAGAUUUACAUACCUAUGAAAAGUAUAAUGUAAAUUCAUUUGUGCAUAAAGACACAUCCAGUUGUGCACAGAUUCUGUUGCCCUGGACUGAACCACUAAACCACCAAACACUGAUCUCACUGAAGAGUCAGUGUCUUGGACUUUGUACUGUACUUAAUGAUGUAUUUAGUUUAUUUCUAACAUUUAUUUUAAAGUCAAGUAAAGUGCAGUGUUUUCUCUUUAUCCACUAGGUGGCAGUUGAGCUAAGCAUUAAAGUACAGCAGGCUGUAAUUGACUUGUCACCUUAUCCUGGCUGAUACAGCUUGGUACAUACAUUUAAAAGGGAAACUUUCCCCUGUGCUGCUCACUCCACUUGUAGCACCCUCUGUCAUGGUAGUGUCAACAUGUAGUCCAUAUAUGGCCUGUUCAGAUGAAACACCCAGAUGGCAGGUGUUUCAGAGCUGCUCAGGAAGACACCGUGAUUGGAGUGACACACAGAUCGGUGAGCUGUGUGGUCAAAGUAAGGCCAAGCCUGCUCUGCUUCUCAUCUCCCCCUGAGGCUUUGUGACCCAGAAUAAUAUCAGCCAAAAAGUUUGCUUUCUAGGGCUGCUGAAAAGUUGCAGACACCUCGUCCUACAUAGAGGACAGAUCAUUCAUCACUCUGCUCACCCUCUUUAGCCCCAGUUCUAUUUUCUGUCUGUUCUAGCCUCAGAGCUUUCAUGUUUGUAUUUUUACCUUACUUCUCCUUGUGAUUUUUUUUGUUUGUUUGUUUCAAGAAAAGGAAAAGGGGAAUCACUGUGCUGUGCUAGUUGAAGAGUAAACAAGACUUAAACUCAAAUGUCCAGUUGAGCUUUUAAUGAUUCUCUGUGUGCUAAUUGAUUUAAAAUACAAGUGAUGGAAGCUUGCUGUGGGAUUGAUGGUGGACAGAGGGAUGUGUUUUUUACACCAGGGCAACAACUGUGUCAUAAUCCAAGCUUACUUCCAUAUCACCGCAGGCAGGAGCAAUGCAGAGAGAAGCAAAUAAUCAAUUGUACUCACACAGCCUACUCACUGAGGUUUGAUACAUUCAGCUCUGUUAUGUGCACUCA